AUGACUGUGAACUACAGCAACAUCCUCUGGUUCUAUGGCUUCAGGUGCCUGGGAGGGGGCAAGUUCUACAUCUGCAAAGAUGCAAAAACCGAAUUCGUCGGCUGUUGUAACAGCGACCCUUGCGUUGGUGGGAAAGGUGUCUGUCCCAAAGGCAAGCUGAGGCAGAUGGCUUUCUCUCAGAGCCUCUAUGGACAAAUACCCACUCUGGGUUGCGAUGAUCCCACUCGCAGUCACGCGUACAAACGUCAUCCUCUACGCCAGACGACGUACCCUCCCUUUUUGGCAUACGAACCGAGCCAGGAUAAACCCCAGUCCGGCAUUCGAGAUGAUACCCUUGGUCAUAUUGAUCUACCGGUCAACUGGCACGGAGGCCCGAAGCGACUGCAUAGCCCAGAUAUUACUUGGUUCCUGGACCGGAUUUGGGACCUGGUUCUUACCUUUCUUCCGCUCUGUUUCAUUGCUCUUGCCUUCGUUGCUAUUAGAUUGGAUAACCAGCCGCACUCCCAGUUUGGACAAAGAGUUGUCGAAUUGACCCGGCUGAGUCCAACCAUCUACCCUAUCCUCUUUGCAGCUAUUGUCAGUCGAUUCUACAAGGCCCUCGCUCGGUGGUAUCUUGAAAAGCCUGGCGGAAUCCGACUGGCCGUUCUGGAACAGAUCUUCGGCAGUCAGAGCUUUGUUGCAGCAUUCGAACGAGUCUUUUUUAUCCGUACUCAAGCCGUUGUUGGUUCUGUUAUCCUCCUGACAUGGGCUAUGUCGCCUCUGGGAGGCCAAAGUGCAUCAAGGUUACUGUACAACGGUGUCACCUCUUUCGAAUCAAACGGUACUGUCUAUUACGCCAAUCCAGCUUAUCAGAUGUCGUACUAUUCAAUAGUGGCAGAUAGGAGGAUUACCGCAGAGUCUCGACCCAGUACCGAGGUAUUGUACUCAACAAGCCUGUUUUCGUCCCCAGAACAAAAAGGCUCGCCAAGGGACCUCUGGGGACUUCCGAAGAUUCCUCAAUGGCCACGACCCAGAACAAACAAUCGAUUAUAUAACGUGAGCCAACCAGAUCUGAAAUCUGGAAAGGAGUUCUAUUCGUCACUACUCGGCAUUAGCAUCAAGGGACUCGCGGGAACAAACUUCCGAACCCACUUCGAUUUUAGUGUCCAAACCUCAUAUUUUGACAUUAGCUGCGACCUUGCAAUCGACCCGUCAUUCGCAUCUUUCUACGUUAUUAAUGAAGACUGGGAGGAAAACUCCGAGGUCUACUGGUUUCAAUACGUAAAGCAACUGCGUGGGGGUGACCUUUACAUUGUCAAUUGUUCUAUGCACGAGAUUUUGCUGGAAACUGCCAUUCGUUGCGGUCCCGGCGAUCCGGCGACAAGUUGCGAGGCGAGAAGGCAGCGUCGCUUGGACAGCCCAUCUGCCCGACUGCCCACAGCUGUUUCAGCCGAGGAUGCACAGUCUAUGUUGGCGGAUUGGGCUGCUAUAUCUAAUGAGAAGACCGAAUAUAUAGCGAGCCCCACUGACCUCUACAUCAUGAAGGGUUCCAACCCUUAUUCUGGCGAGGUUGUCAAGCCUUUGACAGAAAGCGACCUUUCAGUGUUCCCAUCAGUCUUUUCUAGCCGGAUUACUACAGCUUUCAACACGUUUUGGACCUCUACACUCAACCCUCAUGGUCACACCAACGUCACAUUCGAUACUAUCCCUGAACACAACGUUCUUGGUCUUAUGAAUAACCAGACAACUGACCAGCCAUUCAUGAAUACAACAAUUGGAACAAGAAUAACAUCUCCCGAGAUACUCGCCAUCUCUGGACUAGUGCUCGAAGCCUUCAUCCGGGGACCAGACAUCUUGGGCUUCGCCAGUUCCAUGACCAGGGACAACCCGUACGUGCCUCUGCCACCGGGAGGGUCGCACCUCGAUGGUACAGACAGGUCAAGACGGCUGCGAGACGUGCGACUGGAGCUGUCUGAUGUACGGCCUGACGAUGAGAAUGGCUAUGUCGCGUUGAGGGCGGUUCCUUCAGUGGUGCAGGUUAACUCGGAAGAAGGUGACGAGGAGGAUGACAAGCCCACGGUCUCAACUGGUUUGAAUCGGAAGCGAUUGUAUGAAUAG